UGGAGGAUAUUCACCGUGGAGGAAAAAAGGGGGCAGGCAACAAACCAGGCUUUUUAUUACAGCAAAAACCCGACUUGUGCAAUGUAAAUAACCUAAAGGAGGGAUACAAAUUAGGAUUAUCAACAGGUAGGAUUUUGAUUGAUCUUGUGAUCGGCUGUGUGUCUGUCUCUCUCUCUUUCUCGAUCUCCUUUUUUGGCCUUGUCUUGUGUGGUGGCUGCGAUUCUGGGUAUUUUAUAGCGAGGACUUCGGAAUUAUUCGAGUCGAUUGGACGUGUACGGAUCUGCUACAAUGUUGUGCUUUACCCAGCACAUUCGGAUACAACAACAGUGGUGAUUUUACGCUCCUGUGUUUUUUUCUUUUUAUUUUCUACGGAAAUCUAACGGAUUCAGACGCGCGUAAAAUACUCGACAGACAAUCGGAGGACGCAUUUGAACGCGGAAUUUUUUUUCUUUAGGUGUGAUGAGACAAAGGAACAAAGGAUGCCUUAGAGGAGAGGUCGCCUGUACGCCUGGAAACCUCUUCAAAGCACACCGCCAAAUGGAUCUAACGCCUCCCCCUGCCACCUCUAGAUCAUGAUACUUGGCUGAAGCUAUUCCGCUAUCUAUAUGAUCCCUCCUCCAUCUAUGGCGAACUAUAGCCAUGCAGGGGACCACACCAUCUUGCAGAAUGUCUCUCCUCUCGCCACGUUCCUCAAACUGACCUCUUUGGGCUUUAUCAUCGGAGUCGGUGUGGUUGGGAACCUCCUGAUCUCCAUCCUGCUGGUCAAAGACAAGAGCUUGCACCGAGCGCCCUAUUAUUUCCUGCUGGAUUUGUGCGCUUCUGAUAUCCUGCGCUCCGCCAUCUGCUUCCCCUUCGUCUUCACCUCGGUCAAGAAUGGAUCUGCGUGGACGUACGGAACGCUGACCUGCAAAGUGAUCGCCUUCCUGGGUGUGCUCUCCUGUUUCCAUACAGCGUUUAUGCUAUUCUGUGUUAGCGUCACGCGCUACCUUGCCAUUGCACAUCACCGUUUUUACACCAAGAGGCUGACCUUCUGGACCUGUUUGGCUGUCAUCUGCAUGGUUUGGACGUUGUCAGUGGCAAUGGCGUUCCCGCCGGUGCUAGACGUAGGGACGUACUCAUUUAUCCGCGAGGAAGACCAGUGCACCUUCCAGCACCGUUCCUUCAGGGCGAACGAUUCGUUGGGAUUCAUGCUCCUGCUGGCGCUCAUCCUCCUCGCCACACAGCUGGUUUACCUCAAGCUCAUCUUCUUCGUCCACGACCGCCGAAAAAUGAAGCCCGUCCAGUUUGUGCCAGCCGUCAGCCAGAACUGGACCUUCCACGGGCCGGGCGCUAGUGGGCAGGCGGCAGCGAACUGGCUGGCCGGGUUUGGUCGAGGCCCGACUCCGCCUACUCUGCUGGGAAUCCGGCAGAACAGCAAUGCAGCGGGCCGCAGGCGUCUUUUGGUCUUGGAUGAGUUCAAAACAGAGAAGAGGAUUAGUAGGAUGUUCUACAUCAUGACGUUUUUCUUCCUGGCGCUCUGGGGGCCCUAUCUGGUGGCCUGCUACUGGCGGGUGUUUGCAAGGGGCCCUGUGGUCCCUGGGGGCUACCUGACGGCAGCUGUGUGGAUGAGCUUUGCCCAGGCUGGUGUCAAUCCUUUCAUCUGCAUCUUCUCCAACAGGGAGCUCCGGCGCUGCUUCAGCACCACGCUCCUCUACUGCAGAAAAUCCAGGUUACCACGGGAACCCUACUGCGUUAUAUGAAGGUUUUGCCAUGGGUUUUUUCUCAUCUGUGUCUCUAUUUCCCUGAUUGCUCUUGAUCUGGGCUCGUUCCUGUUGUACAGCGCACUCUCUUCUAUCUCUCUUCUCUUCAUCCUCCAGUUUCUCCCUCUGCUCCUCCUUCUCCUAACCCUUCUUUUCAGAGGUAGAAGGUGGACGGCAAAUCACAAGGUUCUGCCAGGGUGAUUUAACAUAAAACGUAUUAAACAUGGAGGCUGAAGGGAAAUGGGAAUACGCAGGAGGUCUGGAUCUCCUCCUGUGUUUAUGUUCUAGUAAACAAGACGUUGUGGAAGGCCAUGCCAAUGCAGAGAAGCAAAAAUUUGAAAAAAAAAAAUAGAAAAAGAACUGACAAAACAAUGAAAACAGAACCCCUUCAUUUGGAUAUUUUCA